ACUUUUAAUCCUGUGAUAUCACCUUUCUUCUUAUCUAUUUAACCACAGAUCUCGUCUUAUCUCUUUAACCACAGAUCUCGUCUUAUCUCUUUAACCACAGAUCUCGUCUUAUCUCCUUAACCACACACUUCUGUUGUUUUGAUCACACACACACAGCUGCGCUACCAUGCCAACGUUCGACCUCGCCCCAGCUGCCUUAAUCAGUCAUCACUUCCACCCCCUCACCUCUCUCUACUACAACAUCAUAGAUAAAUAAAUAAGUAGACAGGCACACAAACAAAUAGAGCAGUAGGCUGGUACUGUGAGGCUAAUGGAGGUUGAUGCAGGGAUAUCUAUUAUUCAUACGUCUACCUUCAGCAGCCUGCGGGAGCCUGUGGCAUCCCUGGGUGUAGAUGUAGGUAACUUGACACUGACAGGCCUGUCUGCCACAGUAUAGGGCCAUGCUGUGAUAUGGGAGCAGGGUAACUGGAGAGUGAAAGGGAUCUGAUUAACUCAGGGGUUUAGAAUGAGGGCUACCAUGGUAAAGAGAUGUCAGUUACACACUCCCUCUGUCUCUCCUCUCUCAUCUCUCCAUACCGUACCCUACUGUUAUCUCAGGUUCUCUCUCAUCUCUCCAUACCGUACCCUACUGUUAUCUCAGGUUCUCUCUCUUCUCUCAUCCCUCCAUACCGUACCCUACUGUUAUCUCAGGUUCUCUCUCCUCUCUCAUCCCUCCGUACCGUACCCUACUGUUAUCUCAGGGUCUCUCUCAUCUCUCCAUACCGUACCCUACUGUUAUCUCAGGGUCUCUCUCAUCUCUCCAUACAGUACCCUACUCUUAUCUCAGGGUCUCUCUCAUCUCUCCAUACCGUACGUACCCUACUGUUAUCUCAGGGUCUCUCUCAUCUCUCCAUACCGUACCCUACUGUUAUCUCAGGGUCUCUCUCAUCUCUCCAUAACGUACCCUACUCUUAUCUCAGGGUCUCUCUCAUCUCUCCAUACCGUACCCUACUGUUAUCUCAGGUGCUCUCUCUUCUCUCAUCCCUCCUUACUGUACCCUACUGUCAUCUCAGGUUCUCUCUCAUCUCUCCAUACCCUACCCUACUGUUAUCUCAGGUUCUCUCUCCUCUCUCAUCCCUCCAUACCGUACCCUACUGUUAUCUCAGGUUCUCUCUCCUCUCUCAUCUUUCCAUACCGUACCCUACUGUCAAUUCAGGUUCUCUCAUCUCUCCAUACCGUGCCCUCCUGUUAUCUCAGGUUCUCUCUCCUCUCUCAUACCUCUAUACCGUACCCUACUGUCAUCUCAGGUUCUCUCUCUUCUCUCAUCCCUCCAUACCGUACCCUACUGUCAUCUCAGGUUCUCUCUCCUUUCUCAUACCUCCAUACCGUACCCUCCUGUCAUCUCAGGUUCUCUCUCAUCUCUCAUCCCUCCAUACCAUACCCUACUGUCAUCUCAGGUUCUCUCUCCUUUCUCAUCCCUCCGUACUGUACACUAAUGUCAUCUCAGGUUCUCUCUCUAAUCUCAUCCCUCCGUACUGUACCCUACUGUCAUCUCAGGUUCUCUCUCUACUCUCAUCCCUCCGUACUGUACCCUACUGUCAUCUCAGGUUCUCUCUCUUCUCUCAUCCCUCCGUACUGUACCCUACUGUUAUCUCAGGUUCUCUCUCCUCUCUCAUCCCUCCGUACUGUACCCUCCUGUCAUCUUAGGUUCUCGCUCUCUCUCCCCAUCUCUCCCUCUUUCUUUGUCCCCAUCUCUCUCUUGCUCAUCUCCCUCGUCACUUAACCGUUGUCCGUCUAUCUCUCUCUCACUCCCUCCCUUAACCACCCCUCCAGUCUCCCAGAGUCACUUCCAUAAAACCAACCAUUUUGCAACAUUAAAAAUGUCAUUCUCUUUCUCUCCCGCUGUCUGUGUCAGUUUCUCUGUCUGCUUAUCAUGUCUUCCACUCUGUCCAUGUCUCUUACUGUCUCCAUCUCUAUCUAUCCCUUUCUCCCUUCGUCUCACUCCAUCAUAUCGUUAAAGCUCUUCUAUAGCAGAACCAGGGUCCUCUGCUCUCUCUCUCUCUCUCUCUCUCACUCU